GUGUCAUAAGUCAUAACAUUGAGCUAACAGCAUGGCUUCCUCGUGGCCUCCAGAUGAAUUUGUUUGCUCAGUGUGUUUGGAACUGCUGCGCGACCCAGCUACGCUGCCUUGUGGACACACAUAUUGCAUACUCUGCAUUAAGAAGCAUUGGGACCAAGGGGCAUCUACAAACUGCUACAGUUGCCCCCAAUGCAGGAAAACGUUUAAUCCUCGACCAUCUUUAUCCAUAAGUACCGUGCUGCAUGAGGUCGUGAAGAAAUUAAGAGUACGAUCACAGCAGCAAACUGAGCCAAAACCCAAAACCAGAGAGGAGAUGCUGAAAUUUCGAUGUAGGCUUACACUGGACCUGAACACAGCAUAUCGCCACAUCGGCAUCUCUGAUGAGGACCGGAAGGCCACUCUGCGGGCGGAGGUGGUGGAUGCAUCUGUGCACCCCGACCGCUUCCUUUACUGGAGGCAGGUGCUGUGUAGGGAAUCCCUGGCUGGAGGUCCCUGCUACUGGGAGGUGGAGUGGACAGGCCAGAAGGUGACUGUCGGUGUGACCUACAGAGAGCUGGAGCGGGCAGCCAGUGAUAACAGCUCCAGGCUGGGCUAUAACCCUUUCUCCUGGGGCCUCUACUGGUCUGGCUCAGCCUUCUCCCUCUGGCACAAUGGCAAGGAGACUCCCCUGGCAGGCCCCAAAGCUAACAGGAUUGGCAUCUACCUGGACCAACAGGAGGGGCUGCUGGCCUUCUACAGGGUCUCCGAUGGAAAAGCAGAGCUCAUCCACAGUCUCAGGGAAAACUUCACCGGUCCGCUCUUCCCCGGAUUCAGGUUUUGGACUGGACAUGUCACGAUCACCAUCUCUGAGCUGGAGUAAAGAUGUGGGACAUGGAAGUGCCAGUUACUUAUAUGCCAGAAAAAAAAAAUGUUGUAUAUUGUACACCAUGCUUGUAUAUUGUAUUUGUAUUUUAUU